UGCUUUUGAAGUUUUGGCGGGAAUAUGCGUUUUUUGGGUUUUGGUCGAAAAGUGUGGUUUUACUGGUUUAGCCGAAAAAUGUGUUUUAAUGAAAAUGUGUGUUUUAUGUUUUUUUGCGGAAAAAUGCAUAUUGCGGUUUUGGGGGGAAAGUGUGUUUUUCCGUUUUGCGAGAAAAUACAUUUUUUAUUAUAGCGAAAAAAUGUAUAUGCAAAAAAAAAAAUAGAAUUUACGGUUUGAAAAUAAUAUUUUGAUUUUAAAAGGUCAUUUUUGUCAUUUAUUAUUUUGGACUGAACUAGAUGCAUCUGCAUUCAGAUGCACCAUCAAGACUCACCUUCAUUUGGGUGAAAAUUUCAGAUGAGUUCAGCUGGGUGAUCUAUCUGGAUGUAGCAUUAUAAUGCACUAAACGAACAUCAAUUUGCAUCUUCACCCAGAUGGAUCACCUGGGUGAGCAAACGAACAGGACCUGAUUAGCAAGCAUAAUAUAUAUUUGGUAGAUGGUUUUUGAAUGUCUACCUCGCAAUACAGUGGUAUGCUGGGAUUGGAAAGGCUGAGUAUGGACACACCCAACUUAUGGGUACAACAAAUGUAAGAAUGUUGGGCAUGAACAACAAUCAACCCGUCAGACUUUUGGAACGAACUGUAAGGAUGGAAUUGCAGUGAUUAGCUAGCGAACUUUAUGCAUGGCCAAGCUUCUCUACUGAGUUGAAGGAGCUAGCAACACUACAAAGAAGAUUCUAAUCCUUCAAGCUUAUCUACAUUUUUCGGACUCAGAAUGGAACUAUCGAUUCUUUAGUCAUAACUGAAAAAUCACUUCAUAGGGAUCUCUUUUUAUUGGUUACUACUUCCUGUACCACCUCAUGUUUGAACACUAUAAUGACAUUUUUAUGUAAAAUAAAUAAAUAUAAGCCACCUCGUAAUCACAAGAAAAAAAACUAGGUAUGAAAGUUGGAAAGGUCCUAAAAACAAACUUGGUGUUCUGUACCAGAUCAACAUAAUUUGUAAAAAAAAAAAAAAUCUCCUUUUCUAUUAUUUGUCAAACUGGUAAUAUGAUAUAUACAUGUUUAUUAAUGGCAAAUGGUAGCCGGCAUUUCUGUACAAUUAGUUUAAUCUUGAGGUUGUCUUUCUUCUCUGUAUUGCGUCGUUUCAAAACCUCUUUUGUGUUUCUGUUGUAACUUGUAUCCUAUUAAAUUCUGCAUAAACAGGAAACUAAAAUACUUCUGUUUUUUAAGGACUAUUGGUACUUCAUAUAAAACCAAUCGAAGGUCAUUGAAAGUACGUAGAAGAGGUGUUGCAAAGACGUUUUAGACGAAGAACAAUAUAUAUACUCUAGAGAAAAUGAGUUGUUUCUCGUGUUUCUCUUCAAAAAAUUUGGAAAAUGAAGGUUCUUCCUUGCCUGCUCCGUAUAGGCAAACAGGCUCACCUAAGAGAACAAGAGAAGUAGUGGCCAAUAAUGCACCCUCACAAUCGAACAACAUCGAGGCUCAGGGUUUCUCAUUCCGUGAGUUAGCCACCGCUACAAAUAAUUUCAAGCUAGAGAACCUCAUUGGCGAAGGCGGCUUCGGGCGGGUCUAUAAAGGAAAGCUCAACAAGACAGGACAGGUCGUGGCAGUGAAACAGCUUGAUAGGAAUGGACUACAAGGACAAAAAGAGUUCUUGGUCGAGGUUUUGAUGCUUAGUCUUCUUCAUCAUUCGAAUCUUGUGAACCUAAUUGGCUACUGCGCUGAUGGGGACCAAAGACUUCUUGUUUACGAAUAUAUGCCUCUUGGAUCCGUCGAAGACCAUCUCCUCGAUCUUGAACCGGAUCAGAAACCACUAGACUGGAACUCGCGUAUUAAGAUCGCUUUAGGAGCAGCAAAAGGACUUGAGUAUCUCCAUGAUAAAGCCAAUCCUCCAGUGAUUUAUCGAGAUCUUAAAUCAUCAAAUCUAUUGCUUGACCAAGAUUUCGACACAAAACUGUCGGAUUUUGGUUUAGCAAAGCUUGGUCCUACUGGAGACACACUACAUGUGUCUUCCCGAGUUAUGGGAACUUACGGAUACUGUGCUCCUGAGUAUCAGAGAACCGGCCAUCUCACGGUUAAAUCAGAUGUUUAUAGUUUUGGAGUUGUGCUGUUGGAACUGAUAACUGGAAGACGAGUUAUCGACACAAUGAGACCUAGUCAUGAAAUAAAUUUGGUUACUUGGGCGCAACCAAUUUUCAGAGACCCAACUAGAUUCCCACAGCUAGCUGAUCCAUUGCUUCGAGGCGAAUUUCCAGAAAAGAGUUUAAACCAAGCUGUAGCUGUAGCGGCAAUGUGCCUGAAUGAAGAACCUAUGGUUAGACCACUAAUCAGCGACGUUGUUACAGCCCUCAGCUUCCUUGGUGCAUCUUCCGAUUUUUCCAACGCUGAUUCUAGCCAUUUACAACAAAAUCCAUCAGAGAUAUAUCAUGAUGCAGUUCAGUGGGAUUCAAGUCCUAGAUAAAGUUAUUUGCUCAUGUAGACAUUUUAAUACGAUAUGACCCAACAAUUCAGAACAUAUUGUAUGUUUCUUCCGUUUGAAAUAUUCAUUUAAUUUAUUUUUCAUUUACGUUGUU